AUGGACUGUAGCUGCGUCUCAGACCUUCUCUUCGCCCCACCCGCCCUGCCGGCUCUCUGGACCCCUGGCUUUGCCUUCCCGGACUGGGCCUACAAGCCGGAGUCGUCCCCGGGCUCUCGGCAGAUCCAGCUGUGGCACUUUAUCCUGGAGCUGCUGCAGAAGGAGGAGUAUCAGGGAGUCAUCGCCUGGCAGGGGGACUAUGGCGAGUUCGUCAUCAAGGACCCCGACGAGGUGGCCCGCCUCUGGGGCGUCCGCAAGUGCAAGCCGCACAUGAAUUAUGACAAGCUGAGCCGGGCCCUGCGCUAUUAUUACAACAAGCGGAUUCUUCACAAGACCAAGGGGAAGAGGUUCACAUACAAGUUCAACUUCAGCAAAGUCGUGCUGGUCAACUACCCAUUGCUGGACGUGGCAGCCGCCGCCACCGGUUCCCCCCUCUUGCUGGCCCCUGGCCCCUUUGGGGGCACCCCUGGACCAGAUGCGCCUCCCCUCACCCCCGAGACCCUGCAGAGCCUGUUCUCUGCCCCACGGCUGGGAGAGCCGGGGGCACGCACGCCCCUGUUCACCCCUGAGACGGACAAGCUGCGCCUGGACAGCGCCUUCCCAUUCCUGGGCUCUGGUGCCACUGGCUACUCCAAGCCACCAAGCUUGCUGGGUCCCUAUGGCCGUUCCUUCCCAGAGUAUCCUUGGAACUUUAACCCCUACCUCACCGGCCCCUUCCCCAAGCUGUCCCCCUCUCUGUACCCACCCCACUUCUACCCCAACCCUCUGGCUGGGUCCCUGGGACACCUGCCCUCAGCAGGGUCUGGUGGAGGGCCUGCAACUGCACCUCUGCUGGCGGCCACUGGUGAAGGCCCAGGCCUCGAGCGCCCCUCAAGCUUGGCAGUGGCCCCCCGGCUGGCGCUGCCAGGGGCUGGGGGCCCGGAGCCCUCGCUGGGAGGGAAGAACAGCGACUCGGAGCUGGAAAUUACUGAUGUCAGCGGCUGCAGCUCGGACAGUGAGGGCGAAGAGGGCCUCCCUGCGCCUCCCAAGGUCAAGGCAGGCAAAGGGGGGAUGGGCAGCUGA